GCACCGGUGGCCUUCUGGACAAGCACUUCUGCUCCCUCAUUCCUGCCAUUAGUCGUCGAUAAGGGCCGAUUGAUUUAAUUUUUAUUCUUGUUACAUUGAGAACCAUUUGUAAAAAAGACCUCUCAGUAACUUGCCCCGCCAUGGCUUCGAACGACAUCUACACCACUCCCUUGACCGGGCGGUAUUCGAGCAAGGAGAUGCAAGAAUUGUUCUCCUUGCGGACCCGCUACACCAACUGGAGAAAGCUCUGGCUCUGGCUUGCCGAGUCACAAAAGGAGCUGGGUCUGGAGAUUUCGGACGAGGCGAUUGAGCAGAUGAAGGCCCACCUCGAGGUGCAAGACGAUGAGUUCCCGAUCAUCUCUGCUGAGGAGAAGCGACGAAGACACGAUGUCAUGGCUUGCGUGCACGCAUACGGCCAGGUAGCUCCUGCUGCCGCCGGUAUUGUACACUGGGGAGCCACUAGCUGCUACGUGACCGAUGGAGGUGAUCUCAUGGCCAUGCGCGAUGCAUUGAACCUCUUGCUGCCAAAAUUGGCUCGCGUGAUCCACCAGCUCAAGCAAUUCGCCAUAGCGCACCGUGACCUCCCCUGCUUGGCUUUCACCCACGGUCAGCCCGCCCAGCCAACAACGAUUGGAAAGCGUGCCUGCCUUUGGAUUCAGGACCUGCUCCUGGAUCUGCGCAACCUCGAGCGUGCGCGCGACGACCUGCGGUUCCGCGGUGUCAAGGGCACCACCGGUAGCCAAGCUUCCUUCCUUGCCAUAUUUACCGGCAACCACGAAAAGGUCGAGCAAUUGGAUGAGCUUGUCACCAAGAAGGCUGGCUUCCCCUCGGCCUUCACCAUCACCAGCCAAACAUACACUCGUAAGGUCGACGUCGACGUCAUCUCCGCCCUCGCUUCUUUUGGCUGCACUUGCGAGCGUAUUGGUGGUGACAUCCGCCACAUGGCCGCUAUGAAGGAAAUGGAGGAACCCUUUGAGAAGGACCAGAUUGGCAGCUCUGCCAUGGCUUACAAGCGCAACCCCAUGCGCAGCGAGCGGUUGUGCAGUUUGGGCCGUGUGCUCAAGAACCGCAUCGGCGACGCCAUGGACACUUACAGCGCGCAGUGGUUUGAGCGUACGCUUGACGACAGCGCCAACCGCCGCAUCACCAUCCCCGAGUCCUUCCUCUCGGCCGAUGCCUGCUUGAUUCUCUUGACAAACAUUACCGCUUCUCUUGUGCUGUACCCCGCCGUCAUUGAGAAGAGACUGCAAGAAGAGCUCCCCUUUAUGGCCACCGAGAACAUCAUGAUGGCCCUCGUCGAGCAAGGCGUGUCCCGCCAAGACGCACACGAAGAGAUUCGUGUCCUCUCGCACCAAGCUGCCGCCGAAGUCAAGGCCAAGGGCAAGCCCAACGACCUGAUCGAGCGUGUCCAGAAGACGGAAUUCUUCAGGCCCGUCUGGCCUCAGCUCCCAUACUUGCUCGACCCCAAGUCCUUCACCGGCCGUGCUUCUCAGCAAGUUACCGCCUUUACUCGUGAGGGCGGCGAAGUCGACUCCGCUCUGCAACAGUACAAGGCCGGUCUCGACUUGGUUGCUGUCGGCGAAUUGCACGUCUAAGCCAUUUUAAAAUAAAGCUCCUUUGCCUCUUUUGUCCUCCGUCUACUUUUUCAACAUCUUCUCCAUACUCUCUCCGACCUAUCCUCGCAAAUUCUUCUCAAGAAGCCAGCCUAGGUCAUCUGUAUGACUCUCAAUUGCUUGGCGCAUGGACGCAGGGGUGCUGUUUUGUGCUACUCCUGUUCAAGCGUUAGCAUUCCCUCGAAACAUAUUUCCGCAGCGGCCCGGUCGCGACUCGUUUUUUCAACCUUCUCAUUCGCUGCUAUCAAGCCUCAUGAAAAUUUCCUUUUAUUUUUCAUAUUUUUCCUCCCUUGUAAAAGUAUCUAAAAGAUACCAUGUAUACUUCCUAAACGAAAGCAAUGAAAACAAGAAUAUAUUUCACCAAUAAAAAUAUAUCCCC